UUUCCAGCCAUUUGAUGUUCUGCAACAGCGUCGUGUUCAGAUAUUUCCGACAUAGCACUAUCCGGACGUGUGUUACACAGAAAAACACUUGGCUGCCGAAAGCAUAGGCAGCCAUUUCUUCGGGUCCUCGGCUUGUCCUUCCUUUCAGUAUCGGUCGGCUUUUACAGAACUCGAGCAAUCGACUGUGACACGCUGAUCCAACCAUGGCCCUCGUGACAAUCGCGAGUACUGUACUGUCUUCAUCUCCCUAUUCGAAUUCGCCAUUCACAAAGCUAGCUUGCACAAAUAAAUUUUCUCGGAGUUCGAUCACCUUAAGCUCAGUGAAACGUCAGCAAACGAGACUCCAAUGUACAGCAACAUCUUCUCCCCAGCUUGGAAAGGAAACUACUGCUGCUCAGACUGCAACUUCUUGUGAUGAAAAACUGGAUUUCGCUGGUAUGCAUCAUGUGGGGCUAUUAUGCGAGAACCUGGAGCGGUCUCUCGAAUUCUACCAAGGAAUUCUGGGUCUUGAGCUCAAUCCCGACCGACCGGCGGACAAGCUACCAUAUAGAGGUGCAUGGUUCUGGGUUGGAGCAGAGAUGAUUCACCUCAUGGAGCUGCCAAAUCCAGAUCCGAUUACUGGUCGUCCAGAACAUGGUGGAAGGGAUAGGCAUGCUUGUGUGGCCAUCAAGAGCGUGGAGCCACUGAAACGGGCAUUCGAGAAAGCAGGAAUAUCUUUCACACUGAGCAAGUCUGGCAGACCCGCUAUUUUUGCGCGUGAUCCUGAUGGUAAUGCUCUUGAAUUCACGCAAGUAGGCUAGAUAGAGGAAAGAACCCCAUCGAAUAUUCUGAUAUGCAGUCCCUUUAGAAGAAGUUUGUAAUGUGCAUUUGCCACACUUGAGAUGUAAUCUAUAUUUCUGUACUUAUUUGUCUAUUCUAAUCUAAGUCCGAAUUUUAUAGACCCCCGAGCCCCCAGUGGCGCUCAGUGGUCCUUCUACCAAAUAAAUAUGAGCACUUUGAAAGCUAGUGUGUCAGUUACCUUCUCCAUCUUGUGCUGACGCACAUGUGUCUGAGCAAAAUUUUGGCGAAAAGGACUCAAAUUUUCUGAUGUUAGUAUCAGGAAGCUACGUGUCCAGGUAGAAAGGUCAAGUUUAUAUUGCAUGUCAGUGUCUAGUGUAUGUGAAGCUCGGCAGUACAUUUUCAACAACUAAGGCCAUACGGUGGCUCGGUGUGAAGUAUGGCAACCCGGGCAUGUGCUUUCGGAGAUGCUGCUGAUGUCAGUAGCUGGGAGCAACUGAGCAGUCCUUGGGAUCAGCGGAAGCUAGACGAAAGGAAUGGGCAGGCACCGGAAGUUUUGUGUGUGCAACUUUGGUCAACAUCCAUGUUGACAAUGUGGCGUGUGGUCUAGGUGAUACGAGUCAAGAGGGUCAGCCUAGGCUGAUGAGUGAGCAGAGGAAAUGGCCUUGUUAGUAUGUCAC